AUGCACUUCUCGCACAUCGCCCUUGUGGGCCUCUUCAUUGAGGCCACAGCAGCCAUCAGCGCCAAGAACUUCAUUUACAUUGUCCCUGAUGGAUAUGGACCAGCUUCUCAGACAUUGGCUCGUGACUAUGCCUCUUUGUUGCUUAAUGGCGAAAAUCCAAAAAGACCUGUCACCUAUCAGUUGCCAGUUGAUAAAUUGAUCAUUGGAAGUGUCCGAACGCAAGCCAGUGAUAGUCUCGUCACUGACUCUGCCGCAUCAGCUACGGCUUUUGCUUGUGGCAUUAAGACCUACAAUGCAGCAAUUGGUGUUGAUGACAAUGUCCAACCCGUUGGGUCCAUUCUUGAAGCCGCAAAGCUUGAAGGAUUCAAGACUGGUCUGAUUGCGACGUCUCGAAUUACUCAUGCUACUCCAGCUUGUUAUGCCGCCCACGUCGCUCACCGUGAUUCAGAGGCCAAAAUUGCCGAGCACGAAAUCGGUUACGGCCAUCCUCUUGGACGUGUUGUUGACCUUUUAAUGGGUGGUGGGCGUGGUUUCUUUACUCCACAGACCACUGCUGGAUCCAGCAGAAAAGACAACUUGAACCUCCUCGAUAUCGCAAAGAACUCAGGCUAUCAUGUUUUCACUGAUCGUAAUGGGUUUGACCUUCUCAGAAAUGGGUUGGGUCAAGCUGCCAAGCUUCCAUACAUGGGACUUUUCACCAACAGUCACAUGAGCUACGAGAUUGACCGUGAUCCUGCUGUCGAACCUUCCCUUCAGGAAAUGACCGAGGCUGCCAUCAACACUCUUACCGCAGCUACCGCAGACUCCAAGAAAGGCAAGUCUCAACUAUUAAAUUGA